CAAUCGCAAGGCAGCCCAUCAGCUGACAUGCUUUGCUUACCCCAGGUGCACACCGGCUGCAGGCUGUGCGAAGCCGAGCUCAGGAGAAAGGCAGCGAGUAAUAACGGCGGGAGGAGGGAAAGCAAAAGCAAGCAGGAAGACCCGGGGGGGUAUUAUCCUCGGGGAUACAAAGUGGAAAUUACAGCCACGAUCGGCUUGGGUGGAGAAGGAGGAGGAGAGGGGGCGCUCCGCCGUUCCUCUCAUCGUAGAGUUGUAGCAUUUAAAACUCGAACGGCUGGAGCCUGAAGAUUAAGCCUCCCUUUACUUCAUCGGCCGACUAUCCCUUCUCCGGGGAUUGCUGUACCGUCUGGGCAGGGCCGGCAGCUGUUUAAUGAGCCUCUUCGGCGUCCUGAAUGGGGGGAAGAAAAAGAGAGUAUUUUUCUUAGCAGCCGCUCUUCUCUCUCUCUUUGGAUGUAUCCCUAUAUAUUGGUGAAAAUAUCUUCUGUAGAGUGAAAGGACUAGGAUCCGUGAGAAGAGAUAUUGGAUCAUUAUCUUGCCACAAAAAAUUAAUAGCAUCUUCUAUCCUUUGGAUACCUGAGCAUUUGAUCUACUAGUACUUACUUGCAAGUAGUGAACCAGCAGAAUCUACUAGGAAACCAUUAUGGCUGGGAUUAGUUUUACGUUAAGCAUUUGCCAUUUGGUUCUGGGAUUACUCCUAAAUCCAUUUAGUGCAUCUUCCAUACUGAAUAAUGAAUGCCCACAAUUGUGUGUCUGUGAGAUAAGGCCAUGGUUUACACCUCAAUCAACCUAUAGGGAAGCCACAACAGUUGAUUGCAAUGAUCUUCGUUUAACAAAAAUCCCCAGUAACCUUUCCAGUGUUACUCAAGUUCUUCUCUUGCAAAGCAACAACAUUGCCAAAACCACAGAUGAGCUCCAACAGCUUUUCAAUUUAACAGAGUUGGAUUUUUCACAAAAUAAUUUUACUAGUAUAAAAGAUGUGGGGCUGUCAAAUCUUACCCAGCUCACUACUUUACAUCUAGAGGAGAAUCAGAUCACAGAGAUGACAGAUUACUGCUUACAGGAUUUGUGCAAUCUUCAGGAACUUUAUAUAAACCAUAACCAAAUCAGUACCAUCUCUGCAAAUGCAUUCUCAGGCCUGAAGAAUCUUUUAAGACUUCAUCUUAAUUCCAACAAAUUAAAAGUUAUUGACAGUCGUUGGUUUGAUUCUACACCCAACUUGGAAAUUCUGAUGAUUGGAGAAAAUCCUGUGAUUGGCAUAUUAGAUAUGAAUUUUAAGCCACUCUCAAAUUUAAGAAGUCUGGUUCUGGCUGGUAUGUAUCUGACUGACAUUCCUGGAAAUGCUCUAGUAGGCUUGGAUAGUCUUGAAAGUCUCUCAUUUUAUGACAACAGAUUAGUUAAAGUUCCUCAACUUGCGCUUGAGAAAGUUCCAAAUUUAAAAUUUUUGGAUCUUAACAAAAAUCUAGUCCACAAAAUCCAAGAAGGAGACUUCAAAAACAUGCUUCGGUUGAAAGAACUUGGAAUCAACAAUAUGGGAGAGCUGGUCUCUGUUGACAGGUAUGCACUAGACAAUCUUCCUGAACUUACCAAGCUUGAAGCAACAAACAACCCAAAGUUAUCUUACAUACAUCGUUUAGCUUUUCGGAAUGUUCCUGCUCUGGAAAGCCUGAUGCUUAACAAUAAUGCCUUGAAUGCAGUCUACCAAAAAACAGUGGAAUCCCUACCAAACUUGCGUGAAAUCAGCAUUCACAGUAAUCCCCUCAGGUGCGACUGUGUCAUCCAUUGGAUAAACUCAAACAAAACUAAUAUCCGUUUCAUGGAGCCCUUAUCAAUGUUCUGUGCUAUGCCACCAGAAUACAGAGGACAGCAAGUAAAGGAGGUGCUAAUACAGGAUUCUAGUGAGCAAUGUCUUCCAAUGAUUUCUCAUGACACAUUUCCAAAUCAUUUGAAUUUGGACAUUGGCAUGACUGUCUUCUUGGAUUGUCGGGCUAUGGCAGAGCCAGAACCUGAGAUUUAUUGGGUAACUCCUCUUGGGAAUAAAAUAACUGCUGAAACUCUUUCGGACAAGUACAAGCUUAGCAGUGAAGGGACUCUGGAAAUAUCAAAUAUUCAGACUGAGGAUUCAGGAAGGUACACAUGUGUAGCCCAGAACAUAGAAGGUGCAGAUACAAGAGUAGCUACAAUAAGAGUGAAUGGAACAUUGCUAGAUGGCACCCAAGUGCUGAAAAUAAAUGUCAAGCAAACAGAAUCUCAUUCAGUCCUGGUGUCUUGGAAGGUUAACUCUAACGUUAUGACAUCCAAUUUAAAGUGGUCAUCUGCUACAAUGAAGAUUGACAACCCUCACAUUACAUAUACUGCUAGAGUUCCAGUUGAUGUGCAUGAAUACAACCUCACACACUUGCAGCCUUCCACAGAGUAUGAAGUCUGUCUCACUGUAUCUAACAUCCAUCAGCAAACUCAGAAAUCCUGUGUUAAUGUUACUACAAAAAAUGCAGCAUUUGCCCUUGACAUUACUGACCAAGAAACAAGUACUGCUCUGGCUGCAGUCAUGGGAUCAAUGUUUGCUGUUAUUAGUCUUGCCUCUGUUUCUGUCUAUGUUGCUAAAAGGUUUAAGAGGAAAAACUAUCACCAUUCACUGAAAAAGUAUAUGCAAAAGACCUCCUCUAUCCCUCUGAAUGAGCUCUAUCCUCCACUUAUUAACCUCUGGGAAAGUGACAGUGAAAAGGACAAGGAGGGUUCUGCAGAAACCAAGCCAACUCAAGUGGACACAUCCAGAAGCUAUUAUAUGUGGUAACUCAGAUGAUAUUUUGCUUCUGGUAGUAAGGAGCACAAAGACUUUUUUGCUUUAUUCUGCAAAAGUGACAACUUUGAAGACUUUUGUAUUUUCUGACUUUGCUAGUUUUGUGGCAGAGUGGUGAGGACAGGUGGAUAUUUCAAAAUGUUUUUAGUAUAGCGUAUCGCAAUUGUUUUGACACACACAAUGGCAGCUUCACCUAGCUUUCGAUUUUUUUUAGUUGUGCUUAAUUUAACAAUGCUGUUCUAACUAUGAAAAAAACGAAAGGCUGGGAUUGCCCUUUGACUUACAAGUCGCAUGACCCCUUUCUUCUGAAGCCAUCAACAGAAAGUACAGUGUCCUGCAAAAUCUUAAUCGACCAACUUGAAAAUACAUUAAACCAGCUUUGUCAUAAUCUGGUCAAAGGACUCUUUAACUUGAGAUAAGAUGACAGGAUUUUGAACAAUGUUAGUUGGCUGUACUGUAAUGUUGUAUCAACUGAUUUGAAUGUUUUUUGACUAUGAUCAACUGAUUUUAUUUCUUUUUUAUAGUUGAAGAGACUUAGGUAAAGCUAACAAAGCAAUUAAGUAUGUACACUUUUUUCAAUGUAACAAAACUAAAUGUUAAUUGCUCUUUUAUUAUAUUUAGUAGAAACUUUUAAAGAAAACUUAAUUUUUUCUGUGUAAUCCACCAACACCUGGCAUAGAAUGAAGACAGAAGUAUAAUAAAUUAUAGUUUUUGUUCUGUU